AACUGAAUAGUUGGGGUUGCUUUUUUCACCGAACCACCGCCAGCAGCUAACGGGCAGAAGAGGCGGUACGAGCAGAGGCAAUACAGCGCUGCACUUCUCAGCCUGUGUUUAUACGAUUUGUGGAGGCUCUUACGAUACCUGAGACGCUCGAUAAUAAGUCACCACAUCUGUGUUACCUUACACCACUUUAUCCUCGCGGCAGCUACGUUUUAGAUGUAGCCGGGGCGCAUGGAGCCCGGGUUGAAAAGGUCGGUGAGGUGUUUUGCGGACAAGAGAUCAUCCAGCUAAUGUUAGCUAGCCGCAGCCAGCCACGGAUUGAACGGUGCGGACUUGAGUGGACAAGCUCGGCGCUGCUGCCCACUCUACCGACUGACUGACUGACGGACGGACGGACAGACGGACACUGGUAUUAACCUAAACGAUGGGGCUCAUAUUCGCCAAACUGUGGAGCUUCUUCUGUAACCAAGAGCACAAGGUGAUAAUCGUUGGACUCGACAAUGCAGGGAAAACCACAAUCCUCUACCAAUUUCUGAUGAAUGAGGUGGUCCACACGUCACCCACUAUCGGAAGCAAUGUGGAAGAAAUAGUGGUGAAGAACACUCACUUUCUGAUGUGGGAUAUAGGAGGGCAGGAGUCUCUCAGGUCCUCCUGGAACACCUACUACUCUAAUACAGAGUUCAUCAUUCUGGUGGUGGACAGCACAGACAGAGAGAGACUAGCCAUCUCUAAAGAGGAGCUCUACAGGAUGCUGGCUCAUGAGGACCUGCGGAAAGCAGCUGUGUUGAUAUUUGCCAAUAAGCAGGAUAUGAAGGACUGUAUGUCUGCAGCGGAGAUCUCCAAAUACCUCACCCUGAGCUCCAUCAAAGACCACCCCUGGCACAUACAGUCCUGCUGUGCACUUACAGGAGAGGGUUUAUGCCAAGGCCUUGAGUGGAUGACCUCGAGGGCCGGACUCAGAUAGCCCCUCCCUCAGCCUUCGAUGGCCUGACUACCUGCACCACCCACACGGUGGCACAACAGCUUGGCUUAUUGUUACUUGUUAUUUUUUUAAUGAUGAAUUUUAAUGGACUUUGACCUCUGGAGAUGGCACAGGACGGGAGCAUCGACACCUCCACAGCUUAAUUAAUAGUUACAGUGGAGCUGGUGUUUCUCCCAGGGACCAGAACCAAUGACUGACCUGGUUAUGAAACGAGACAUCACUUUUACAGUAAAGGAGGAGAAAAUAAUAUCAGCAGAAGUUAAGAGUAUGCCCAAGUGCAAAGCAGGGCCGCACUGGACACUCGUCAUUUACACUACAUGCAUAUCAUGUUACAUCACACCGUAUCAUAUCAUAAACAUCACGUUGGUGCCCAGUUUUGGGAAAAGAUGGUGCAGUUCUAUUAUUAUUUUUUGCCUCUAUAGAAGUUUGUUCAUGUUCAGGUUGAAGUUGAAGUUGACAGGACAAACAAAGGGAUUACAAGCAGUAAUGUAAAACCAGUUUGGAGGGAAAAGGUGGCACUAAAGUUGUUUGGAGUUUUUCAGAAUAAUGUUCUCAUAAUUGUUAUUUUUUUAAUUGUUAGCACAGCCAUUCAUAUCUGUUACACAUGAUUUCAGUUUCAUAAGCUACAUUGUUGGUGGUUAUUCUCACACUAGAACUUAUUGGUGCUGUAUGGAAAUGUGGUCAAAUAUGAACCUCUCUUCUUAAUUAACAUUGAGCCUGUACUUGUAUGUUAUUGAGCCAAAUGGUGUAAAUUAAUGGAGUGUUGGCAUGCAAACUUUUUCUUAAAACUGACCCUCUGAAACAAAUGGAAAUUACUACAGCCUUUUAUUCAAGCAAAGCAUUAAAUGGCUGAAACAUCAUUAUUUCAAAUGCAGGUACAAAUCUCAGUUUUAAUAACAGUAUUUUAAAUUGAAACACUAUGUUGUCAAUGAUGCAUUAUGAUUUUUAUUUAAUUUUUGCUUUUAUAGACUUCUCAUUGUGAGGGAGUGCAGGUUUGCUCAUGGCAAGUUAGCAUCUAGACCUGUUUUGUAUUAACAGGUGAUCAUUGGUGCUCUGCAGGUGUGUGCGCGCGACUGAUCCACUGCAUCCUCAUAAACGUCUCAUUACUUUUCUGCUGCCAUUUUGGCGCAUAUUCCUCUUUGAAUAUUUUGUACUUUUUAAAACAGAGGGGUCAGAACGAGCCACCAUCAAAUAGGUGCCACACAUUUAUUGGAAGUUGUUACUCACCAACUGACUGGACUUGAGUUGUUCAGUGGUUUAGUAGCAUUAAGAUGAUCUUAACUCAAUAUUUUGGCCAUCAUAUAGUUACAAUACUUGAUCCUCAGCCUUAACAACGCUGUUCUGAGUGUCUGGUGGACUAUUUGUGUGAGUCUGCCCAUGAUUUUUCCCUCUUUGACUCGGUAUAAGAAGUCCGUGAACUUGGUAACAGAUCUAUGCAUGUGUCACUUUGAAACCAUGUAUACCUUUUGCAAGUUUCACAGUGGCCAAAAAGGAAGAGGUGCAUGAGUUUCAUUGAACUGGGGUCCAUCGUGAUCAGGGAGGUGCCUCUGGGUCUCUAGUGUUUUGUCGUGGGACAUGGUGUUUUUACACUCAACAGGAAAAAGGGUGAACUGUGCAGCCCCCAGACUCUUUUGCAGCAUUAAGGUUUACAGCUUUUACCUAGAUCUCACAAAGCAAGGGAACUGAUCCUGUACUCUGUGUGGUGGUGUCUAGUCUGGGUCAUGUACUGUAUUUCACUUGUUUUCAAUAAAAGUUUGAUUUGAACCCGAA